GCGCGCUGUGUUCGCGUGGGUUCGGGUACCGGUUGCUGCGCUGUGUGAGAGUCCCUGGGCUGAGGCGGGGGCUCCUGGCCCGGGGCUAUGGCGGCGAACGAGGACCAGGAGAUGGAGCUAGAAGCAUUACGUUCUAUUUAUGAAGGAGAUGAGUGUUUCAAAGAACUUAGUCCUGUUUCCUUUCAGUAUAGGAUAGGUGAAAAUGGCGAUCCCAAAGCCUUCCUAAUAGAAAUUUCAUGGCCAGAAACAUACCCACAGACCGCUCCAAACAUAUCCAUGAAUGCUUUCUUCAACAACACCAUAUCUUUAGCUAUAAAACAAAGUAUAUUGGAUAAAUUAAUGGAAGAAGUUGAAGUUAAUCUUGGAACUGCCAUGACAUACACACUUUUUGAAUAUGCCAAAGAUAAUAAAGAAUUGUUCAUGGAAAAUCAACCUGUUCAUAUUGUGACAUCUGUAGGCAAUAACAUCUCAAUUGGAACUCAUGAAAUAGCCCCAUCAAGUAAGAAAAGAGACAAAAAGGAGCAGUUGUCCAAAACCCAGAAACGAAAGCUAGCAGACAAAACAGAUCACAAAGGGGAGCUUCCUCGAGGAUGGAACUGGGUGGAUGUAAUUAAGGUAACAUGACUGUUACAACUGUGAAAUUAUUGCAU